UUCACCACUCAACAUUACCUCUCCGUACGAAAACAAUCCUCUGCUCCAAAGGAAAAGAAAAUGAUGAGAAGCAAAUCCAUAGUGAGUCCCGCACACAGCAACACUGCCGCCACAUCAGCUCUGACCCGGUCAGCCUCCGGCGUGGCAAACCCUGCCACAUCAGAACUCAGGCGGUCGGUCUCCGGCGUGGAGAAGCCGCAGAAGAAAUCUGCGGCGGCGGUGAUGGAAUUUCCGGUGUCACCUCAGCUAAUACUAGGAGAAGAGAUGGUCCACUUCGGACACCCACAACAUGUCGCCGCGAAAGUGGAGUUGCCGGAUUUGUACACGUGUUCCGGUUGCAAAGAAGACGGCGCCGGAAAACGGUAUGUAUGCCAGCAAUGUGAUUAUCAGCUCCAUGAGUUCUGUGCUUUGGCUCCUCCUCUUCUCAAGGCCCAUCCUUUUCAUUACCAACAUCAUCUCCUCUUCUAUGCCAAACCCUCGAAAGGAGGAAUCGUGAAAUCGAAGUGCGACGUGUGCGGGAGAACGCCGAAAGGGUACACAUUCAGAUGCAAGGCAUGCGGUUUCCAGAUGCAUCCAUGUUGUGCGAUGUUGUCUCCGACCAUAUCAUUCUCCGGCCAUCCAAAUCACGCGCUGAAGCUCCUCCCCGCCGGAGGAGACGGAGGAGGAAACUACGUGUGCGGAGAGUGUAAGAGGGGAAAACGGUCGGGGAGGGUCUACAGGUGUACGGUGUGUGAGUAUCACUUGCAUGCAGUCUGUGCCAAGGAAAUGGUGAAUGGCCUCAGAGCCAAUGGGCUCAAAUCCAAGGAGAAGUCUCCGGCGGUGUUGGGGACGGCGGCGAAGUUGGCGUCGCAGGUGGUGAUCGAUUUUCUCGGCGGAAUAAUGGAAGGCAUCGGAGAAGGUGUAGGCGAGGCAUUUCUCGACGGCGUCACUCGCGGAGGAAAUGGGCCAGCUAGGAUUAUUCCACGUGGCAGGGGAGGCUAAUUUUGGGAUUUUGUAAUUAUAUAGCUAUAUACACAUCUAUGAUUGUAUUGUAUCGUAUGUGUGAUAUAUAUAUUUGAGGUUUGCUAAAGUGUAUAAGUGGAUGUUGGCAUUUCUCUAAGGUGGGAUUAGGGUUGAUUUCGAAAGGGUUGGGUUUGAUGUCUUGUAUGUCUUAUUUAAUAUUAUUUGAUUAAUUGUUGAAUAUUUUAAA